AUGCCGCCGAGGUUGAAUAUCUGGUCGGCCUGCAGGAGUCUGAGCCUCGCCGUCAGGACGCGCGCCGCCGUAAAGGCGCCGCAGAUGUCCGGCCCGGUGGCACUGCUGUCGCGGGGUUUGGCCGACAACAUCUCAUCACGCCAACCACCCUUCUUCCCACAGAACAAGAGCCCGCAAGGCAUCCCUCCGUACAGUCCCAGUCAAGGACAGCCACAGCCUCAGCCGCAGCCUGCCAUUCAGGCCCAGACAGAACCCGAGACCGAAACGUACACCAGCCCAGAGAACGAGCGUGCUAUCAACCAGCUUCGCAUGAUCGAAUAUGGUCUGGAUCCCCUGGACCCUGCCGUGGAGGGCCACAAGUUCGGUCUGCCAGAUCUCCCACUGCCUCCUGAGAAAACGCAAAAACAUCGCUAUGACGACGUCCUCCAGCUGGUCACAAGGUUAAUGAUGAAGGAUGGCAAGUUGGCUAAGGCUCAGAGGGACGUCGCCAUGGUUCUCAACUACCUUCGCACAUCUCCUCCUCCUAAGAUCGACCCUUCCAAGCCCCUGAUCCCCGGCCAUCCGCCCGCGCAACACCUGCCGCUCGACCCUAUUACCUACAUGACCGUGGCAAUCGAUUCCGUGGCGCCGCUCAUUCGCAUGCGCGGCUUCAAAGGCCUGGCCGGUGGUGGUCGGUCCCUCGAAGUUCCCGUGCCGCUCAAGGCACGUCAGCGCCGCCGCACCGCCAUCAACUGGAUUCUCGAGGUUGCGCGCAAAAAGCCCAACCGUGGCUCUGGCCGCGGCACGUGGCCGCAUCGGGUCGCUGAGGAGAUCAUUGCUGUUGUUGAGGGUCGCUCACCUGUAUGGGACAAGCGUACUGCCAUACACAAGGUGGGCACGGCCAACCGGUCCAACUUAAACCACGCGCAGGUGAAGGGCAGGAUCUGA